AUGCCCCCACCCCCGCCCCCACCCCCACCCACCACCACCCCCCAGACCCUCUCCUCCCUCGUCGCCGCCUUCACCUCCUUCCUCACCGUCUGCAUCCACACCAUCCUCCACCAACGCGCCCUCUACCCGCCGUCCUCGUUCCUCACCGCCCGCGCCUACAACUACUCCGUCCGCCAGUCCCGCCACCCGGCCGUCUGCGCCUGGGUCGCCGACGCCGUCGCGGCGACCGAGGCCGAGCUGCUCCGCAACGCCGUCGCGCGCGUCGCCCUCGUCGUCUACUCGGCCACCGGCAGCAGCGGCGGCGGCGGCGGCGGCGGCGUCAGGCCGCUCGAGCGCUACGUCUGGGACGUGUCGCGCUUCCCCGUCGUCGCGCGGCCGCAGGACCGGGACACGGUGAUUGCGAGGGCGCCCGCUAGCGCAACGAGUGCGGCGGCGGCAGGAGGAGGAGGAGGAGGAGGAGGAGGAGGAGGAGCGCCGGGGGUGGAGCAACCCGAAGACGUGGACAUGGAAGAGCAGUUCCGCGCCGCGCUGGCGAAGCUGACCGUCUGCGGCGACGUGCUCGGGCCGCUGCCGCCGCGGUGCACCUUCACGCUGGCCGUCGAGCUGAAGGACGAGGCCGGCGUCGAUCCGCCCGUCGGGCACCCGCAGCCGUGGAUACCGGUGCAGCCGGGCCUGCAGGCCGUGCGGAAGAGCCGCCGCCGCCUGCGACAGGGCGGAGACGAAUGUCGUGACGACGACGAGCUCGGUCGGGAUCUGGGCGGGGCGGGGACGACGCCGGUGCGGUCGGUGAGGGCUGGGGAGAUGGUGUUCGAGAUGUGGAUCGAGGAGGGCAAGGCCAAGGCGGAGGUGAUGGCCGAGGAGGGCUUGGAGUCGAAUGCGAGCUCGGUGGACUAUAGGUGA